AUGUCGUCAUUCGUCACGCCCGGCCAGCAGCGCUACCUGCGCGCCUGCAUGGUCUGCUCCAUCGUCCAGACCUAUGCGCGCUUUCGAGAUGAGGGAUGCCCCAACUGCGAUGAGUUUCUCCAUCUAGCCGGCUCCCAGGAUCAGAUUGAGAGCUGCACGUCUCAGGUCUUCGAGGGCGUCAUCACGCUCGCUGACCCUACCAAGUCGUGGAUCGCCAAGUGGCAGCGCUUGGAUGGCUACGUCCCGGGCAUGUACGCGAUCAAGGUGUCGGGCCAGCUUCCUGACGAGGUCAAGUCUACGCUUGAGGAUGAGUACAGGAUACACUAUAUUCCGAGAGAUGGAAGCGAGGCUGAGGUUGAUGCCUAG